GUCUUCCCGCCUGGUAAAGUUUCCUCUCCGGGUCCAUUUGUCUCGUUUUACUCGUUUUAUUUCUUGUCGGCUAGCUUUGUUAGCUAACUAGUUCGUUGUCAGUGGCAACCUAGCAGCCAAAGCAUCAUAACAUGGCAAAAUUAAGAUGUGUAUUUACUGUCAUUUUGACUUGAAAUCAGCCUUUAUUCCGCAUCUGUCAUGUUAUACUAAUUUCAGUAAAGGGGAAGCAUAUAUAUUGGUUCAAUUGUUUGACGUUUAAGCAAACAACAAGACACCUGGUGCGUUAAAAAUAUAAAUAUUGAACAGCACAGCACGCAGAAAUCAGACAGCUGAGUAUGUAGGAAAUCUGAGGCUCUUUCUGCUCUCGGUUAAAUCUCUGUUCAACAUGCCAGCUGCUCUUGAGUGGUAUAAAGUGAUGGGACUCGACCCGGGGAAUCUGGAGGACCUCAACGAAGAAGAGCAAUCGGGCGAGAUCUUCAACAUGUUAAUUUCGGCUGAAGAAUGGGAGGUGAAGGGCAAAGCUCCAGAGGACAUCACUCAAGUCCUCAAAGUGUUUCAGGCCCUGUUGAAGAGGAAAGAUCAGGAACUUUCUCGCACCCAUGACUUCAUUCAUAACAUGGGUUUAAAGCAAGUCAAAACAGAAAAGGAACUCAUCGCCAAGGUGUCUAGGCUGGAACAAGAGUAUAAGACUAAGCCAACCGGCUCAGGGCCAGACACCCGCUUUCUCAGGGAUGAGAUCCGUCAGCUCGAGAAUCAGCUGGAGCAGAGGGAGAAGGAGUUGACCCAAUGCAAGACAGAAAUGGGCAAAGACAAGAAAACCAACAUGGAGUUGGUUGCACAAGCAGAGGCGGCGGAGGAGGAGGUCAAGAAGCUCAAAAGAGAGAUAAAAAAGCUUAAGAAAAAGAACGAGCAGCUCCAGCAGGAUGUCGACUUCUAUCGUGGAGAGCUGGAGCAGAAGGAGCCGGCUCCAUCCAAAGACGAGAGCGCAGAGACCCAGAAGAAGCUCAUUUUGGCUAACCGCCAGCUCUACCAGUACAUGGAAGACAUUCAGCGCGCUGAGGAUGAAAACACGCUCCUGAAAACACAGAACGAGCAGAUGCAGAAGAGUUUGGAGGAGUCUGUGAAGGAAAUGGAGAAGAUGACGGACGAAUACAACAAGAUGAAGAUUGUCAUACAGCAGACGGACUCCAUCAUGGACCAGCUCAGGAAAGAGAGGGAUCAUGCAAAGCUACAAGUGAGAGAGUUGACAGAUAAGAUUCACAGCAUGGCUGAAGACGAUGAUCCAAUUAUGGCAGCGGUAAAUUCCAAAGUGGAGGAGUGGAAGAGAGUGCUCUCUGGAAAGGACGACGAAAUUUUGGUGUACCAGCAAAUGAUCCGUGAUCUGAGGGAGAAGCUGCGUUCGGCGCAGCUGGACUUGGAUAAAAGCAACAUCCUUGCCUUGCAGCAGGUCAUAUAUGAGCUCUGCACCGCCGUCCAAGAGAGGGAUAAUCAAAUCAAGAUGCUGAGUGACCAGGUGGAGCAGUAUACGGGGGAGAUGGAGAAGCACACGCUGCUCAUUGAGGAGCUAAAGACAUCCACUAAGAAAGACAAAGGCUUACCGUCAACCAUACAACAGAGAAAGAUGGAGGAUCUGAAGUCCAAGCUGGAAACCGCAGAGGCCAGAGCGGUGGACGCACAACGUGCGACGAAGCUUGCAGAAGCUCAUGCUGAAGAAAAAGACAAAGCGCUCAUUGAGGCUUCAAAUCGCUUGAGCCAAUAUGAGUCUGGCACUUAUGGCCUGGAAGCGGCCAUUUUGGAGAUCAAAGAGUGUAAAAAUCUAACUAGGGUGAGAGAUCGUGAGGCAGAGGCCAUGACCAAAGAGAUCAACCAGCUUGAAAUGACAAUCAAUGACCUUAUGGAUGAAAAUGAGGACUUCAGAGAAAAACUAGGUCUGGGACCAAAGCAAGAAGUGGAUCUGACAGAGUUCAAGCGAGCCAAAGAACUCAGACAACGCCAGUACAAAGCAGAAAACCAGGUCCUGACCAAAGAGAUUGAAAGACUGGAAGAGGAGAGACUCGAGCUAAAGAAAGCGAUCAGACGAAUGGUGAAAGAAAGAGGGAUCCCACAUUCAAGCCUGCAGCUGGAGGACGACGUCUGGUCCAGCAGAACUGAGCGGCUCUCAUGCAAACAGAGCAUCACUCGCUCGGAUGAAGAAAUCCGACUGAAAAAUGAGUACCUCGAAAAAGAACUAAGCAAAAAGGAGAGAGAGCUGGAACUGCACAAGACCCAGUUUCAUGUCAAAUUGGAUGAACUGUCAAAAGUUAAAAGAGACCUUGAGGCUGCACUCACAGAUGUUCUUCAAGCACUGAGGUUAAACCAAGAGAACGUUCCAUCUGGUGCUGGCCUCAAUAUCCCCAGUCUGGAAAGGCUGGCUAAUGUUAUAGAUGUGAACAACAUGAGUGGGCAGUCUGAGUCAGCUCUGCACCUGAAGUCCCAAAUACAUCAGCUGCUGGGGAGGAACGAAGAACUGAGGCAGGAACUCAAAUCUGCCCGCGAGGAGGCCACCAGCAGCUUCAGUCAACUAGCCACAGCCAAAGAGAAGGUGAGCCAACUGAAAGAUGAAUUGGAGCUGUUAAGGAGGUCAGGCAGCGGUGGAGUCGUCCUCAGACCUCUGACCCUCCCAGAGGAUCUGGAGCCUAGCAGCACUGAGGUCAUCAGCUCUCUGAAUGAGUACUGUGUCCGACUUCUUCAGGAGCUCAAGAACAAGGAGGAACAAAGCAAGAAGCUUGUAGUAACACUGGAGGAAUACAAAGAGAAGUUUUCCGUCAUUAGCCACCAACAAGGGCUCCUCUACAAGGACUAUCUCAACGAAAAAGCAGAGUGGCAGAAAAAGAAAGAGACAUUAGCAGAAAAGAACAACCAGCUUGAGGAACAAACGCAGGUGGAUGCUGUUAAACUCCGAGAAUUCAAAGAGCUGCUUGACACUCUCCAGAAGGACCCAGAGGAAAUCAAAAGGCAGUUGAGCGAAGUGUUGCGCAACAUGACGGUGCUGAAGGUCAACGAGAAGAAGCUGACGCGUCGCUACAUCACCCUGCUGGAGCAAGAGCAGCACCUACGCAAAGAGAACGGCAAGCUGAGGGAUGAGAGCAGCCAAAUGCAGGCGUCUGUCACCCAGAGGAUGGGCUACCUGCAGAGAUUCAAGGAAAUGGCUGCUUAUAAGAUAGCAGCACUGCAGAAGGCUCUGGAUGAUAGCGUGCCCUCAUCAGACCUGGAGAAGGCCAACAAACAGUACACAGAGCUAACAGUCAGAUACAGAGACAUGCUGCAGAGGGACAGCCGCCUGAUCCAGAGGACCACAAACCUCGAACGCCUGGAAAACGAGAACGAGUCUCUUGAGGAGCAAAUAUCUUCCAUGAAUAAAGAACUGGAGAUCACAAAGGAGAAACUGAAUACUUUAGAACAAGCAUGGGACAACAUCAGUGCUAAUGGAGGAGAAAACAGCAUGGAUAAGGCGGACAAGGCAUUGGCUAACAACGAGAUGGUAUCAGCCGCCAGGCGGAUCACAACUCUGGAGAUGAAGGAACUGAAUGAGAGGCAGAGAGCUGAGCACGCUCACAGAAUGUAUGAAAAAAUGAAGAACUCCCUCAGGCAGGUGGAGGAUCGAAACCUAGAGCUGGAGUCCAAGUUUGCAGAGUUGACCAAGAUGAAUGUGGAGGCUCAGAGGGUGGAGCGGGAGCUGAGGGACGAGCUAGCAAACAGCAUCAGCAAAGCUGUGAGCGACGCUGACAGAGCCAGGAUCGCAGAGCUGGACAAGGCUGAGGCUGAGCUCCGCAUCGAGGUUUCUAAGCUUCAGGAGGUGUCUGAUGUGGCAAUGAUGCAGGCCUCUGCUCUGCAGGCCAGACAGCAAUCCAAAGAGAAGGAAGUUGAAGCUUUGAGGAGACAAAUACUGGACGUCCAGUCCCAGUCAGAUGAGAAGGCCCUCAUUGCCCGGCUCCAUCAGCACAUCGUGGCUCUGCAGCUCAGUGAGUCGGCGGCUUUGUCCAAACUUGAGGCUGCCAGCACUCGCAUCCAACAGCUGGAGGUCUACAAGCUUCGUGCUGAACAUCGGCUGGAUGCCAGCGACUCCGCCCUGUUCCUCGCCCGUCAGGAAGGCAGGAAUCGCUCCAAGCACCUACGGCAGACCGUCCAGUCACUUCGUCGGCAGUUCGCUGGAGCGAUACCUCUCCCUCAGCAGGAAAAGUUCUCUUUGACCAUGGUGAGCCUCCUGGAGGAUAAAGCAAAUGCCCAGGAGGAAAGGAAGAAGGCGGUAGAGGAGAGGAGGAGGGCCGAAGGAAAGGCGGAGGAAUUGGAACUGAGACUUUGUGGCCUGGAGGAGCUUAUAUCAACACUGAAGGAUGUGAAAGGGGCGCAGAAGGUUAUCGAGUGGCACAAGAAGAUGGAAGACGCGCGGCUGCAGGAGCUGAGAAAAGGCCGGGAGCUGGUGGUCCAGAAGGAAGAGAUCAGGUACCUGAAGAACCUGGUGAUGGAGCAGGAGAGAACCAUCCGCUCGCUGGAAGAGGACACUGUGCAGCAAAACAUGCUCCAAGAUGAACGCCAGCUAGCGUGGGAUCAGCGUGAGGUGGAGCUGGAGCGCCAAGUGGAUCAGUACGAGAAGCACCAGAACGAGAUGCUAAGCAGUGCUGAAAAGUUUGAGGGUGGGACAGGAUCUCUACCAGACCCGAGUCUUCCUGUGGCUCAUCAGUUAGAGUUUGCUUUGGGAAAAAUCCGAGAGCACAUCCGCACUAUCAUGGAGACACAGGCCACCUGUAAAAGUCUGGAUGAGAAGUUGAAAGAGAAAGAAGCCGCGCUGUGGACAGCCGAGCAGAACAUCGUGUCCCGAGAUAAAGUGAUCAAUGAGCUGCGUCUUCGGCUCCCAGCAGCUGCCAACAGGGAACGACUACUGGCUGAUGUUUCCAAACAUUUAGAGGCCCAGUCGGAUUAUCAGCCCACCCUAACACUGGCUCACCAGACCAUCAAAGACCUCCAUGGUCGGCUUGACAAAAAAGAGGACGUUGUAAAGAAAUACCAGAAGCAGUUAGCCCAGGCCAGACAGGAUCAAGAGGAGAUGAUAAAGAGACACCAAGAGGAGCUGAGAUCGCUGCAUCAGAAGUUGGACUUCCACAUGGACAGCUCCUUGGACACCUUUAAACAGACAGCAAUGAGUUUGAUGAAGAAGCCCACUCUCAAGGUGCCGACCACCAAGCACCUGGAGCGCCUGGCAGAGCUGGAGCAGGCCGUGGCCGACCAGGACGUCUCGCUCUCCUCCAUCACAGAGAAAUUACAUCGGACCACUGCGGACCGAGAACGACAAAGGGUCGCCAUGGAAACGCAGGCUAUGAAAUACGCGGAGGAGAUGUCAAAGCUGGAGGAGCAUCAUGCUGCCCAGGUGAAAGCUCUGACAGGGGAACACGAGGAUCUGCAGAGUCAGGUAGCCCAGAUGGAGAAGGAGAUGAUCUCCCUCCAGACCGAGCUGGCGGCCCAGAAGGAGGCCAACGUGCGCUCCCCCAGCAACACCAUGAAGAACCUGGUUGAACGACUGAAAGCACAGCUCGCCCAGAAAGAAAAACAGCUUAAGGCUCUCAGUAAGGCUCUGCUGGAGCUGCGGAAGGAGAUGACGUCAUCCGCUGAGCAGCAGGUCAUCGCCAGCGCUGCACAAAGAGAGGAGAGUCUCAACGUUCAGAUGUUGGUUGACAGACACACCAAAGACCUAAAGGUGAAGAUGCAAGAACUUAAUGAAGAACUGCAAGCUGCAAAGGAGUCGGUCAGAACAGCCAGAGGCCGAGAGAACACCCUGAAAGAAGAAGUGGACAGCCUGAACCACGACCUCCAGAGGACUCAGAAAACCCUGAAACGUGUGCAGGCCGAAAAAGAGGAGAACGAGCACGAAAUCCAAGAGCUGAAGCAACAAAUCAAGAGACUCAGCAACGCCCUACAGAAUCAACCAGAAGCCGACGGGAAGGGGCUGACCAUCCAGAAUCUGCAGAAGAAGAUCCGGAGGCUGGAGUCUGACUUGGAGAAGAGAGCAGAGAAAAAAAAUGUGAAGGAUGAUUAUGGAAAGACCAAAGAGGAAAUCGUGCGUUGGGAGGAGGGGAAGAAAUGGCAAGUGAAGAUGGAGAAGAUGAAGAAUUCAGUGAAGGAGAAGGAACGAGAGAGUGAAGCCCUGACGAAGCAGCUCAGCACUCUGAAAGACCUCUAUGCCAGACUGGAGCAAGAGAAGAGUGCGCUGCAGAAAAAGCUGAAGGCUCGAGGUGUGACUGUGGAUCAGGUGGUGGGGGUGCGGUCUGCUGAAAUGGAGAAGGAGGCGGAGGAGCUGAAGAAGAAGAAUUCAGAGCUGGAGACAGAGAUCUUCACCAUCAAACAGCAACAAGCUUUACCUCGAGAUGACGCCAUGGAGAGCCUCACCCUGAGGAACCGCUACCUGGAGGAGAGACUGCACUCCUUAGAGAGCCAGAUAUCCAAAGAGCCUCCAUCAAGACCCUCUGGGGAAAGUUCUUCCCCCCAUGCUUUGAGAGAGAUUUCUUCUCCUACUUUUGAUGUUGUGCAUGGGUCAUGUGAAGGGAAUGCAGCACAAAGCCCUGUUGAAUCCUGCCAUCUCUGUGAAGCUGCUGAAUGCCCUGCUGACCAACAGGGUGAGCCAGAGCAAGGCCAGACUGCUGGAGGAACUCAAUCCAGCAUUGAUGGUGCAGAGGAUGCUCUCCCUGAGCGAUUAAGUCCAGGUCUGGAAGAAAAUGACGAAACAGACGUGAACAAAGAAGACGUUGACACAGAUCAUGUGCAAGACAAUGAGGCAGAAACAGAUGUUAUGGAAAGUACACCAGAUAUGCCAGGUGAUUCUGAAGUUUAUAUGGCUGAAGGAAAGGAAGAACCACAGGACGAAGAAGGAAAUGACCCAGACCCUGGUGAUCCAUCAGAAAGACAAGGAUCUGUUGUGUCCUCCUUUGAGCCUGCUGCCGCUUCUGCAGCAAGAGGUGAUAAUAUGAGUGAUGCAGUGAUUAAAGAGGGUGCUGGUGAACAAGGCGAUGGCGGUGAUGACGUGGGAAUCGGGGAGGAAAAGCCAGAUGAUACUCAGCAGCACGAUGAGACUUUAAGGGACGCACCAGAUGAAGAUAAUCCACAAAAGUCUUGCUCAGCAGAACCAGAAGCAGAUUCUAGCUCCAUACCAAGCAAAGAGCCGGACUUGUCCAAAGAAAGGGAUCAUGGUGUACGAAGAUAUGAAAGCAGAUCUUACAGAUAUCUGAAGACUUCAGGACGAGGCACAGGCACGCCAUCACAGAGAGAUCAAGACCUUCAAAAAGAAAACCUCAAGCUGGCCUCCGAGAACCUGGAGCUACGUUUCCAUAUGGAGCAAACCAACAAGGACUUGCCAAGACUCAAAAAUCAAGUGUCGGAUCUUAAGGAGAUGUGCAGUGCGCUGAAGAAGGAAAAAGCAGAUGUUGAGAAAAAGCUGGCACACAUACGCGGAGCUGGUCACAGUGGUAAAACAGUCCCUGAACUUGAGAAGACCAUCGGGCUGAUGAAGAAGGUGGUGGAGAGGGUGCAGAGGGAGAACGAGACGCUGAAGAAAUCCAGCACCCCUGCAAAUCAAGAAAAGAUCGCUGCUUUGGAGCAAGAAAACCGAAGACUAAAGACUGACUUUGAAAAACUGAAGAGUCAAAGUGAGGCCGAGCUGAAUUCAAAACUGGAAUCUAAAACCAAAGGACUGGAGAGAAUAGUCAUGGAAAAUGAACGUCUGCGCAAGGAGAUCAAAAGGGAAAUGGAAGCUGCAGAGAGGCUGAGAGUGACAAAGACAAGUGUGGAAGUGACCAAUGAGAAGCUGGAGUCAGAGCUGGAGGAAACCAAGCAGAGACUGCGUGCAGCUUUAUCCAGACCCAUCUUAGAGGGAGCUGACAGUAAGACCUGGAAGGCUUCUGUGGUAACAAGAAUGUUUGAGAACAAGAUGAAGGAGCUGGAGAAGGAGCUCUCCCAGAAGACCUCCAGUCUGACUGAACUCAAAAAUCAGCUGAAGGACGUGACAGAGCGGGAAGACAGAGCUCAGAUAAACAUCCGGCAACUUGAAGAUCAGGUCGACAUGCUAAAGAGGUUUCCCACUGCUGCAAAGUCAGAGGGAGGACUCUUUAAGGAGUUUAAGGCAAUGAGACUGGUUACUGCCGAGCUGCAGGACGAGAACACAGAGCUGAAACAAAGGCUGGAAGAGUACAGCGAGCGAUACGGCGACACGACGUCCAAACUAGACCCCGGGAAGCUCAAAAACCUCCUGCAAGCCGCCGAGAAGGAGAAAACAGCUCUUCAAAGCGAGGUGACGAAGCUGAAGAGAGAGCUGCAGAGCUUUGACCCGACAUUCUUUGAAGAGAUUGAGGACUUGAAGUAUAACUACAAUUUAGAGGUGAAGAAGAACAUUCUGCUGGAGGAGGAGCUGAAGAAGGUGUGUGAGCAGUUUGGUGUGAAGGCGGACCUUCCCAGUGUCUCCAUCAGUUAAAUCAGGGUCGCUGCUACUGUGCCUUUAAAUCAAUCAGGACUGAAGAAACACUCACUUAGAUGUUAUUGAAUUAAAGGGCUGAUAGUCAAAUACUUUGUUGAGGCUCAUGCUGAUGAGAAGACAAUUAUUUAUCUUAGAAAUGUAAAGAAAGCACAAAGACGCAUAUUUAUUUUUAGAUUGACAUGUUUAUUUUUAUAACGUGAGCUUCCACGGCUCCAGAAUGAAGACAAACUGAACUGUAAACUGAUAACCGUAGUUUUUCAUCGUAGUACAUAUAGAUUCAUGUAUAACAGAACUUAAUUUUUGGACUGGUGCAUCAACCGGUCUUCAUCUUUGGACAGCUCCUGAUGUAAAGCUAAAUUGUUAGAAUUUCUGUUUUAAGGCUGCUUGCAUUAGGUCGGUAUGUAGGAGUUCAGUUAUUUAAUUUGCUGCAUUAAUUCAUACUUCAGUAUAACAGGAAAAUGUAACUGAAGUACUACCUUUGUAGUAAGUAUUCACAUAGCAGCACUGUAUAGUCAAUCAACUUGUGAGUAACUACAGUUUUAUUUUAUUUCUUGGUCCAAAACUGAAAGGAAAUGUCUGAUAAAUAAUUUGAAAGUACGUCAUAUUUUCAAACUAAAGUUUACAUUUAAACAAAGAGGUGAUGUCUCUCCUAUCAGGCAGCUCUUCUUUUGUUCACCUGUGAUGUCAUCACAUGUAAUGUAGCUUAUGUCUCUAUAUGUGUACAGUUGUAACAUAGUGCUUGUGUAUUUGUCAAUAAAGCUGUUUCCAUAUUUAAUGGAAAAUCUUUUAGAUAUAAAUAUUUACAGACUCGCUGUUUAUUCUUCACUUGGCAAUAAAGAGCUCUUUUCAGUAUUUACAGUAAAUUAAUGGAACAUGUAGCGUAAAGGACCUGACACACCAAGCAGAUGGCAAAGAACUACAC